ACUAUUUUAACAGGUCCCUUCUUAACAGGCAAUACCACGUACCUUCAGGGAGUGGAGGAAAAAACAACAACUUUCUUGCAAGAAGUUUCUGCUAUCUAAGGAUGGGGCUGUGUCACCAGCACGUCACUACUUGCUCAACCAGUUUCUCUACUCCUCUUACUAAAAUAGCUGAGCCCCCAACACACAAUACUAUUCUCUCCCUAGAGUAGGAACUCUAGAGCACCUUUAAAUAAUUAAUACUGCCAUUCUGACCACCCACAGCAUCUGUGCUGAACCAUGACGGCCUUUAAAGGAAUAUGGACCAGGCAAUUCUGGACUUCUAUGGCUGGAGAAUUCUUAGCAGUGUUUCUUUUCUUGGUUGUUAGUUUAGGAUCUACAGCAGGGUUGAAUGAACCUGGAGCCAGUGAUACACAUAUAGCCUUUUGCUUUGGACUAAGCAUAGCCAUUUUAAUUCAUUGCUUCGGGCAUAUAUGUGAAGCCUUUUUAAACCCUGCAGUAGCAGUGGCCAUGAUUUGCACCAGGAAAAUAUCAGUGGCCAGAGGAUUAUUUUACAUCAUUAUCCAAUGUCUGGGGGCUAUAGCUGGAGCUGGCGUUGUGGCUCUUAUUACACCACACGAUAAAUGGCCAGUUGGUGUUACCAAGGUAUGUUUAAUGUGUGCUCUUUCAGAAGGUGCGAGGAUCCAGAUGGUCAUCAAAGGUCAUUAUCAUACUUUUAAUCAAAUAACGGACAGGCUAAACCAGAAUAUGGUGAUUACAUGUCUUACAGGCUUAUUCAAUAAAGUGUGAAAUGCUGGCAAAUUCAAAGUGAAUUUAAAUAUAAUUUAAAAUUUUAGGUCAUAACAGAUGAAUUGCAAUACAAGAUGGUUAUUUGGGACUAACAUUUACAUUUCCAGCAAAUCAUGUUUUAGUGAAUAACCCUGCGUGUUAAUAUUUAGGUACUGCUCAAAGAUAAAAACUUCCAUUUGAUAGAAUUUGCAUUGUUUUUUUGUUUCUUAAGUCUACCAAUUAUAAUACACUUAAAUUGAAUACAUAAUCUACUAUAUAUAGAAAAGAUACAUAACAGUGAAGUGUGCUUUAGGGGAAAAUAAACCAUCUCUGAGACAUCAUAAUUUUAUAAUUGUUUCUUGAACCUUUAUAAAGGUUCUAGAGACCUAAAUAAAAUGAUGUCUCCGAAUCGUGUGUGUGUGUGUGUGUACAUGCUCAAUCUUAUGAAAUGGGGUUUAGGAUUACAGCAUGUGCACACAUGUCAUGAGCUAUAACAUGCUGUAUAUUCUUGUAUGACAAACACUAUGUCAUGGAAUGGUGUGUAGGGCUACAGCAUACGUAUGCUUAUGUAUGAGCAAUAUCAUAAUGCAUGUUCGUGCAUUACAUAUGUUAUAUCACAGCACGGAUUGCAGGAGUACAGCAUGUUCCUGUAUGGCAAAUUAAUGAAAUGCAAUGUUGUUUGAAUGACUCGCUGGUUUAUAGACCAGGAAUGUAAGUCAUGUUGCAGAUCCCUGGUCUCUAAACUCUGGGAGGAUUCUAGAACGCUUACCUAAACCCUCCCAUGUGAUGUUAUGUAAACUGUUACUGUAAAUUAUGUCUGAGUAGGUGUUAAGGAAGUGGAUUCAAAUAAUUCAUUUUGUAUUUUAAAAAAUCUUUUUGACAUCCAAGUUGCCUUUUACAAUAAUGUGAGGGCUGGAAAUUAAAUGUACUCCUGAUAUUUAUAGCAUUACAAUUCUCCUGUUUAUAUAAAGGCCUAGACCCUUAUAUUCUGAAAAUGCUGUAACGAUACAGAGACUUCAUUUAAAGGGAUUUUAUAGUGUUAGGAAUACAAAGCUGUACCAUACAAGGAGAUAUUUACACAAAAAGAGAGGGGGAGGGGGAAACACACUGUUUCUCUGAACCCCUGAGUGCAAACGAUAGAUUAUACUACAAUACGGUAUGCAACGAUGGGUAGUGGCAUACAUAGAUAUAGAUUAUACUACAAUACGUUCUGCAAUAACCUGUAGUGGCAUACAUACCUAGGCAAUACCCUGAACGAUGACACGGGCGGAUGCCACUGCCCAUCACACAGGGGCCAAGGGACACAGCGCAUCAGACCCCCUACCAGGCCUUUAACACUUGCAAUGGGCCCACCCAUACGCCAAGCCCUUGGGGCCCCCGGGAGGCGUUAGUCCCCCCUCCCUCUCCCCCUGGAAGGUUGGCAAGAAGGCGGACUGAGGCCUCUGUAACAGAAAUGUUGAUUGUUGUCGUUAACUGUUUCCUACAUACACACUGUUUAGUUAUGGACAAUGUAAUUUACUAAGGGUUAUCUGGUUUCACAGGACUCUCACGUCGGGCGUGGCGCACACUACUGGGCACACCCCUGCCGGGGAGGAAGAAAUAGAGAUGACAUUAAGCAAUGCAGCGUUACAAGGUCAUGGCUCAUGGGCCAGAAUCUCUCACGAGCGCUGGUCGCGGUGGAGGAGAGGUCCCAUGCACCCAAAUUGCGUCUGGCAAUUAGUAAGACCAGACCUGUUCCACCUCCUCUUGGAGAUGCACUAUAUAAAUCUCUUCUUCCCUUCUAUCCUUUCUUUCUUUCCUCUCCCCUCCCUUAUGUGGGGCUGAGCAGUGCAGUCGGGGAGCAGAAUAUGGUGCGGAUGUCCCAUCUGAGAGUACUGACUGGUAACUUACACGACUGGGGGGUGUGUAGAGCCGAGAUGGCCGUACAGCAUAACAGGGCACUUGUACCUCAGUCAUGGCUUUAAUUAUUCCAUCACUAAACUUUAAGGGCUUGAACGCCCCUACAAAUCGACGACUUCUUUUCCGCGAAUUAAAAAGAAUUAAAUCAGACGUCGCAUUUAUACAAGAAACGUACCUACCUAGACACUCACAGCUUCGGCUGCGCGAUCACACAUACGACACUACAUAUGAAGCUUGUGCCCAUAAAAAACGCAAUACUAAUUCGCAACAGCUGCCCCUUUCACACUUCAAAAACCGAAACCAACCCCGAGGGACAGUACAUCAUCGGAACAGUACAUCAUCUUAUCCGGCACCAUACUCUCACAUACAGUCCACCUCAUCAACAUUUACGCACCAAACCAGCCCGAACCGUGGUUCUGGGAACAGAUACAACAGAUAUUGCAGGCUUUGCCACACGGCAUGGUCAUGGUGGGGGGGGACCUCAACGCGCUGCCAUGUCCUGCCGCCGACAGGAGCGCUCACAGGGGGGUGCCCAGGUCUCAAGGAUCGAGGCGGCCAAGAUAAAUUGCUGCACGAGUUCAUAACUCACACAGGCCUCGUUGACGUGUGGAGGGCGUAUCAUCCCAAUGCAGUAGAUUAUACCUUUUACUCGGCGCCACACGGCACACAUUCCGUGAUAGACCUGUUCCUGGUCAACGACCACUGCAUGGCUCGGGUCACGAACUCAGCUGUGGGCUCAAUAGCAUGGUCUGAUCAUGCAGAAGUGACCUUAACCUUAGGCAACCUGUGUAGGGCAACCCCAUGGUCCUGGAGGAUGAAUACAUCCUUACUGAGGGAUGAAGAUAUCACAAAACAGGUUAGCCCUGACUUGAAAGUGAGCACAAUCUGGGCUGCCCACAAAGCAGUGAUAAGGGGUACAUUCAUCCGCUUGAAGCCAACUACCCCAGGCAUGUCAGAAAUUGUAGCUAGAAUUAAAGAGAUAAGACUGAUGGACGAUCUGACAGCCAGAGUUAAGGGGUCCACUAAAACUUUCCAUAAGAUCUGGGACCUAUGGGACGACAGCACACUGGGUGAGGACUGAGGCCGCUGCACAUCCGGCGCAUGGCAUGUUUGCUGAUCCACCCCCCUUCACGGAAUUGUGCAUUCAAAAGUUAAUAUAAAAUACAAAAUGCUCAUAGUCUAAGCAAAUUGAGUAAUUUCUACUGUAUGAUGCAGUUAAAAGUCUCUGCUUGAAUACAGGUAUCUUGUAUUUGGACUAAAAUAGAAUUACGAUAGAUAUGUGAAGGAUCAUGGAGUAUUUCAGAUGGAGUAUUGAAGAAGUAAUACCUUCGAACUUCUCAGAAUCAGCUCAUGCAAAAAGUUCAUAGUUAUAUGUUCAAUAAAACAAUACUUAAAACGUUUGUAUCCCCUUUUGUUGCCCCUCCUUGUCCCCCCUAAACAAAACACCUUGAAGGCAGACUGCAGCAGCAUUAACCCCACAAUCGUGGUGAUCUGAGGUUAUUUUUGAAAAUGACUGAAAUGUUCCAUGCUGCGUCCUUAAGGGUAGGACUGCAAUAAAUUUAUACCAUAGGGUUGGAAUUUAUAACAUAAUGCUCAUAUAUGAAUUCAUAUAUAUUUUGUGUCAUAAAAUUAUUAAUAUAUUAGGGUUUAGGGUUAGAAAUGGGGUGUGGUAUAAGUCAUGGAUUUGGUUAUUAUAUAAGGAGGGGUUUAAAAUGUACUCUUAGGCUGAAGCCACUGGACUUUAUAACACCUAGCAAUACCCUUCACAGCAGAGUUUAUUAUAAGCUGAUAGUGGCUAAUUCUGUCCAAUUUUCAUGAUACAUGCGGUUACAGCUGCAUAUUUCCAUAUUUUAGUUCUGGAUUUCAGGUGUCCAGAUGUAUCCUGAUAGGAUGAAAUCCAGUCUAUAUUCUCUGUAAUUCAUGCAGUAUUGGGAAAUCAUGGCAUUAGUAAAUCUUGAACCAAUGCCCAGAUUUUACCAGAUGGUGCCAGAUUUGGUUUCCUUAUUUGAACCAGACUCAUUUGGACUUUAGUGAAUAUCCCCAUGUUGAGUUUGUUAGAAAGGAACAAAUUCUGUUAAGAACCUCCCCCCCCCCACAUAUUAUGGCAAGGUGUUCUCCCAUAUAAGUAAUUAUUAGUUCUUCUGAUUGUUCCCAUGCUGGAUUUAUAAAUCACUGUCCGUGUUCCCUUGUUAUCUAGCACUGUGUGGAAUCCAUAGUGGGUAGAAUGAUAUCAAUUACUCAUACAUCGCACCCAGUAUUCAGUCUUUAGGAAACAAUAAUACAGAAUAUGACCGGAGCAGGCUCUUUCACUGGGUAAUGGCAUUUGCCAUAUUUACCAGUUGCACACAGACCCAAUAACCAUGACUAGUGCAAAACCUCUUCCAUGUCACUAUUUGUCUACUUCAAUAAUAUAUACGAUAUAGUGGUUCAUUCGAGUGUAUAUUUUUUAAUUUUAAUUUUUUAUUAUUACCAUUUUCUAAUUAGGAACAUGACACCGUUUCACAUGGUCAGGCUCUUCUCGUGGAAACGAUCAUCACUUUCCAGUUGGUGUUCACAAUUUUUGCUUCGUGUGACAAGAAGCGAAGUGACAUUAAAGUUCCCAUUCCUCUUAUCAUUGGGCUCUCGGUGACAAUUGGACACCUUUUUGCAGUAAGUUGACCGGCUUAUUAAAGUACAAUAAAUACCACUGUCUUGAUACAUUUAUCUUACAAAUGCACACAAUUCUUCUGACUACAGUGGCUGUACACAACAUUACUUACAGAGUAAAAAUCAGAAACUGAGAAUUCAAAGUAAAAUCUAAGGCCUGAGUACCUGAACUGAAAGCAUAACCGAUUUAGAGAUUAUUUUUCCAGUUUGGUUAUUUUGACUUUAAAUGAUAUUGAAUUCACCUUGAAAUUUCACCUUAGUGAAUAACCCUGUUAGUAUAUCACUCAAUGUGCAUUAAAAAAAACAACUUAAAAGUAGUUGCUAGUAACCACCUUUGGGAAGAAAAGUUGUAGCCAUCGCACUAUGUAGAAUGGCAAGUCGGUAACUUUGUUUACUGGCAUGGUUUAUCCCUAAAGUGAGAAUUCAAGGAAGCUUUUAAAAGUAAGCUCAAAAUAGUUUAACUGUAAAAAUCAUCUAAGUCAACCAUGCUUUCCGUUCAGCUGCUCUGGGCUUAAAUCUGAAAUACACUUUGAAUGAUUACUUUAGUUAAUAAUCUUGCAUGCCUUGGCAACCACUAUGGAGAACACCAACCUUGUGGAAUUUUGUUCCAGCUUGAGAUCACCUUAGCAAAUAUAACAUUUUCAUAGCUAGGUAGUAAAUGUGUUAGUACAUAAGCCACGCCAUCAUGGAAUUUGCUGAGCCUGACCUCAGGUAGUAAAAGGUGUGUGCAACAGGUGAAUAAUUAAGAUUGUUACUCAGAAACCAUUAAACAAGUAUAAUAUGUAGUACUGUCAGAGCCUGAUUAAGAGCCCAUUGGGCCUGGAGCUGGUUACAAUUAUGAUGGCCUUAAUUGCAGAAUCUUAUUGACAGAAAACACUAAAACAGUUACACCUUCAAAGUGUCUUCAAUCAGGUGGAGAUGGGCAGGGUAAAAGGGAUGGACCCGCAAGGAAAACCGAGGCAGGUCUGUCCAAAGAAUUGGAAGUUCAGCCUGGCGACCAGCCGAAGGACAUAUUAGGCAGACAGCAUAGACCUUGGCACGAAUGUGUUCAAUGAUAUGCUAGCUCUAUGUUUUCUGGGGACAGUUCCCUGGUGUCCUGCGUGACUUAAUUGUCCACUCAUCUUCUUCCCUGUUUACUAGCAGGAAGAAGCUCCUUGUAUGCAGGCUUGGACAGAGAAAAAGGUGGACGUAGUGAGAGUAGAAUUAAGGGGAUAUGCUACACUGUUAGAUAGACUGAAGCAGCAAAGGCAUUUGCACAAAGUCAGCUUUACCUUAAUUCAUUUAUGGUCAGCCAGUCCACACAUGGUUUGUUCCUCUAUACCCAUUAUAAGUUGCCUUACUUACUUCUCUCUGCACAAAGCAAGAGGGUUUUUUUUUUUUUUUUUUUAAUCACUGGGCCUAUUUUAAGGGCAUGGGCCUGAAGUUUCAGCUCCAUUAGCCCCUAUGUUAAUCCGGCCCUGAGUACUGGGUUUUAUUAAUCUGAGUAUUCAUGAGAGAGUACUUCUCUAUAUGAGUUACACUCUGGAUGGCCCUAAAUAUAUACUGUGAAGUCAGUUGAAACUGUAAUUUUGGCUUUAAAGCAACACUCCAAGAAACACCACAACCACUGCCGGCACUCUUCAAUAUAAGUGUGUGUGGCUGGAUUACCUAUAUGUGAUAGGAAAGGUGGAAGCAUACUAACUGGUUGGAGUACCGUCUGAACUUUGGUGAUAGUAAGUUUGAGCAUCCAAUACCUAGGAUUAGUUGUAGUCAACACCACCAGAUUUCUUCACUAAACCAGGAAUGAGAGAGAAUUAUUAGUGGCAUUUAUAUGGCACAGACAUAUCCCAUAGCACUUUACAACUUACAAAAAAGACAAACUAUGACAAAUGUUAACAGGAACAAGAGGUAAUAAGAAUAUAAAAGAGAUUUGCAACAUUCAGGGCACAAGGUACAAUCAUUGUAUCUGUUGGAUGGACUGCUGUCGAGUUCUGAUCUAAAUUUCCAAUGAGCAGACGUUUAUGUGACAUGCACAGCUCCCGUUGAAAAUAAUGGGAGCAUCCUGAAUGGCUGAAUCAUCUCUUGGUCUGGAUUGAGCUCACUGCUUAAUUGAAAAGUCUGGGGAUUCAUAGCAAGUAGUGCAAAAUACCUAACUAAAUAACAGAAAGGGAAAAUUAUUUCACCUCAACUAUUUCAAAUUUGAAAUGAGCCAUUUUGAUUUUUAAUUCAAGUCCGUUUACCUUUGAGUGAAUAACCGCUUGUGUUUUUAUCAUUAUGCAACUUGUAGUUCAAGGGAAAUGUCAGUGUUCCAAAACGUGUGUUUCUGGUGUCUUACAAUGUUCUGCUCUCAUGCUCUGUGUACUUACAAAAUCUCCAUUGCAGAGAGCCUUGGGAACACACAAAGUACGUUUGGAUCUGACUUUUAUUCACGUUGUAACACAUCACAUUGCAAAGUAUUCACAUAGUUAAAUGCAGCAGUGCACUAACCAUAAUCUGUCUUCUAAUUCCCUUGUUCCAGAUCCAGUAUACCGGAGCGAGCAUGAACCCAGCAAGAUCAUUAGGAACAAGUGUUGUAUUUAACAAGUGGGAAAACCACUGGGUAAGUGUUUAUAGGUGGGAAUUACAGGAACACGUAUUCCUCUGAAUGCUUGAAGCCAAGAAUGGAUAGUAUUGCCAUUAGGUCUGCCUGAUCUACCAUUUUUCCUGGGAUGCGUAUAACUUCAUAUUGAUGGUCUACACGUAAUAAGAAAUUAAAUUCACCAUUUAAUUGCUGUAAGUGAUGUGUGUCGAUGAAAACAUGGUAAACCUGGUAAGCCUAAGGUCUGGCGUACAGCUCUAUCACUUAAAGGCUUAGCAAUAGGAGCUAUUAGGAGCAAUACUUGACCUAAAGUAAAGGGGAACAAGUGACAACUGCUGCUUACUGUUAUCACAAGAGUGCAGAGCAAGAUUGGCCAUGGGUCACAUUACGAAACUUUUCAAGACAAAAGGCACAUGGAAGUGUCUUCAUUUUUGUCCAGGACAUGCUGAAGUGUGUGCAUUGGGUCCUCACACCUAUGCCACUUUUGACUACAAUGUUUCAGAGCAGUAACCUUCUGUGCAUGCCUGGCAUGCAUGUUUUAUAAGAAUAAGAAAAUAAUGGGAUCAUCCUGAAUGGCUAAAACAUCUCUUGGUCUGGAUAGAGCUCCCUGCUUAAUUUGAGAAGCCUGGGGAUUUGCAUCAUGUAGUGCAAAAUAAUUAAUUUGGGAUACAACUUGCUGUGUUUUGUCUACAGUCAGGUUCUAAGAAUCUUGGCUCACCCCAAAUGUUUGCAAUAGUCAUGUUUUGCUUGUUAUUUUAUUAGUCCACAUUCAUUUUUUCAAAUUAUUUCUAACAUCACACCUGUUUGCUGCCCACAGCAUAAUCACACUUAUUGUAUGCAAUAACAGUAGGUCCCGAACACUGAUGAUGUAAGAGGUCCCAGAGUAAAAUAUAGCUAUUCAUGUUUCUCAAAAAAUACUGGAAUAAAAAAGUAGCAUGUGAAAAACAAGCUAAAAUAAUAAAAUUAGUAUUAAGUAAUUUUUUUUUUUUUUAAAUGCAGUAAUAUAACAAUUGUAACGGAUCGCCUGGCACCCCGACUGGGUACCUCCGUUGAAGGAUGCUCCUAGCGCUUCCUGAGGACUCCAAGCACUCUGGCAGACACCACAAUCACCAAACCGGAGAAACAAAUAAAUUCUCCCAAGCAUAUGAAUGCUGUAGACAGUUGAAUAGGAACCAUACGAAUAGGUUUACUCUCCUAGCAGUCAAACUGGAACAGCAUACAAUAAAUCCUUCCCUCAAUAAUGAGACAACACUUCACUUUGAGGGUUAAAACAGGAACUCUCUGUACAGUCUCUUUUAUUCCCAAUCCACAAACAUAGUACAGCCCACAGGGCGUUACAAAACAACCAAUCAAUCCGUACAAUACACCCAGACACUCCCACACAAAAUCCUCCCCUCUGCCUGUGAUAUGAUUACUGAACACAAUGGGUAAUCUCAUUAUCACCGGCAGAGGAAUACAGUUUUUACACAAUAUUUAUAACUUCUAAAAUAUACAUGUCAAAAACAUAAAACAUACAUUUUCAUAAUCAAUCCAUUCAGGGGAACAACAUAUUAAAAAAUGGCACGAAUCAGACCAGGGGUUCAAAAGUUAAGGGAAAGUCCUUUGUGACUAAAUGAAGCAUGGCUUUCCGGCCCAAACCAGUUUCAGAGUCUUCUAUCCUGGAGAUAAGUGAGAAGUAAUUCAAUUAUCUCCCAGGACAGACACAAGACUCCAUUAUGCACAUGGUGAGCACAAAGCAUUAAAAUAUUAUAAAAUACACAAAGUCACAUUUUAUACAUAAAACACAGACAUGUCACAUAUCCCCAGAUAGCUGGGAUCUGAGCGCACAAAACUACCGAAUAGCGCUCAGAUCCUAUUCACACAGUUCAAUUGCCAUGGAGCGAAGUCUUUAACUACACGAAUGGGCUCCAUGGCAUAGCUAUCUGGGUUAACACAUUCACAUAAAGUCUGGUCCAUAGUCCAAAGGCAAGAGGCGGGCAAGCAGCCCCCUCCAAGGACACGUGGCGAGGCCGGUUUCGCCACAACAAUUUUCAUAAGAAAACCCAUUAAUGUAUAUGGUAAUCUUUAAUAUCUUGGCUCAUGAUUUAACCUGCUUUGCUCGAGGAGAAAGGAGAAAGAAUGUCACUGUGUAGAGUUAGCAUAGACACUUCCUUAUUCUGUAGAUAGCGUUGAAAAAAACUGGUUUGACUAGCCAACCAACUGAGAUUUUUAUGAAAUUUUUAUGCACAGGUUAUAAUAAAUAAUUUGAAAUAAUUUAGCUGUUAUUAUAUUGAAAAUAAGUAAUGCACCUAUGCAUUUCGCAAAUGCAGCUGCAGCUUCUUUAUCAAUUUUCUUUAACAAUUUUCUUUAAUUAUGAGUAGUGAUGUCCCGAACUGUUCGCUGAACAGUUCACGAACGGUUCGCCACGGGCUCAUCAUUGAGUAAACUUUGACCCUGUACCUCACAGUCAGCAGACACAUUCCAGCCAAUCAGCAGCAGACCCUCCCACCUCCUGGACAGCAUCCAUUUGAAGCUGCAUUCUUAGUGAGCUGUCCAGGAGGUGGAAGGGUCUGGGAGGGAGGGUCUGCUGCUGAUUGGCUGGAAUGUGUCUGCUGACUGUGAGGUACAGGGUCAAAGUUUACUCAAUGAUGAGUCCGCGGCGAACCAUUCGUGGCGAACCGUUCGUGAACAUCACUAAUUAUGAGGUACUGUCCAAGAAUAUUCCUAGCGAUUCAGCCUCUUUCCCCACUGAGAAAAACAAGUGAAAUCUAAUAGCGCUUACAGGGUUAUGCAAAGUGAGAAAAGCCAUAAAUUCUAAUUAAAUUUCAGAUUUAAGGCCAAAAUAGACAAACUGAAAACAGGAUUGACUACAUUUUUCUAACUGAAGUGAAUAAUAGUUUUACAGUUAACAGGCAUUUGAGAGCUGGUGUACCCCUAAUUAUUCUUUUUUCCCUAUGGAAAGCAACUGCCUACUUGUCUGCAAUAUGGAUUAUCUAUGUUUUAAAUAUUCUCUGUCUUUGUCACCAGAUAUACUGGAUUGGUCCAAUGAUGGGUGGAGUUCUUGCCAGUUUUGUCUACGAAUACCUAUUCUGCCCAGACCCGGAGCUCAAGCUACGAUUGCAGGCCAGUUUUAGAAAACCAGAGAAUGAAAAUGAAUCUGUCCAGCUCCACGUGAGACCAGGAGGAGAGUACAACAAACUGGAAACAAUUGCAUAGUUUUAUUAUUAUCUAAAAUACUCGCUUUUAAACAUAACACAUAUGUAUAUAUUGAAGAUUAAUUGGAAGAGACUUUCACCAUGUUUAGUCUUUAGAGCAGAGUGAGAGCUUAACUUGUCUUCCAUGGUACAGACUGGGUUAGAGAUGUUUUAAUGAUUCCCAAAAAUAACAAUUGUACAUACAAACUUUAUAAUGUGUUUUUAUACAAUACCUGAGUGCACGGAAUAUGAUUUGUAGUCUAUUAUGCUACUAGCCCGACCUUAAAAGUAACUUGCCACUGCAAGCCAUACUAUACCAUGCAGGGGUGAAAUUCUGAGUCCUGCUGGAAUGUGUAUACAUUUGUCUUUGUCUAUUUUGUGAAUGUGUUUACAGGCCAUUUAUAGUGUUUACAUGUCCAUACAUCUUUCAGGGGGCAAGUAAAAUUGAGCGCAUGAAAUGUACAUUUUUACAUUUUCUAUUUUAAUUCUACUGACUGUGUAUACUUUCUUUAAAACAGAUCUACUAUUUCUGUGCACAUUCUAAGGCAUGGGGGUUUUUCAGUGUCAGCAUUCCUGUAAUGUACCCAUGGGCGUAAAGAUAUUUAAGUAGGGAUCAAAGAAAUAACCUAGUGUUGCUGUGUGCUAUUUUUGUUCUUUAGAAUACAAAACCAUUAUAUACAUCUUUUGAAAUGAGCAGACUUUUAUUUAGCUCAGAUGUUUUUGACUAAUUUUGUAAGUUAAAUGACAACUCACUAAAAUGCUGUUAAGUUACAUUAGAUAUGCUUAUCUAACGAGUAUAGGCUAUAGAUCUAAAUACAUUAAUUUCCUAUUUGUUGUUACUACAAAUAUACAUAUUUUAUAAUAUGUUAUAACAACGUUAAUGUGCUACUAUAUAUAUAUAUAUAAAUAUGUUUCAAAAAGGUGUCAAAAGAAAGGGUGUUAUAAUCCAUACAUUUACCCAGGAGUUGAGUUACUAUACUGUAAGUGGCUGUGCAUUGCAAAAUAUGUGGACAAAAUAUAUAUAUAUUUUUUUUAUUCACAUACACUUUAAUGUGAAAUGAAAAUUUAGAAUAUUAUGAAAACUCUGUUCUAAAUUUCCCAUACUGUAUGGAAUUUUAUUACCCACUAUUGAGACAAGUAAGUGAAAAUGUGUUAACAUUCAUUUGCAAAGAGAACUAAAGAGAUGGCAAAAUUUUAUUAUGGGAAUUUCUAUAUUUCUAUUGAUAUUUAUUUAUUUCUCUCUAUUUUCUAUUUUAAUGCUUAGAAUAUUAUUAUUAAUAUUAUUAUUGGUAUUUAUAUAGCACCAGCAUAUUCCAUAGCGCUUUACAAUAUUAUCAGAGGGGGAGAUAAAUGACAAUAAAUGAGACAAUUACAAAAACUUAAAAUAAGAAAAAUAAGUUGAAGAGGACCCUGCUCAAAUGAGCUUACAGUCUAGAGCAUGGGUAUUAAACUCCGGCCCCCCAGAUGUUGCUGAACUACAUGAUUCUCUGCCUAGCUAUGUAAUUCAAAGAAUCAUAGGAGUUGUAGUUCAGCAACAUCUGGGGGGCCGGAGUUUUGAGGACCCAUGGUCUAGAGCAGGGAUAGGCAGAUGUUUUGGACUACACCUCCCUUGAUGCUUCGCCAGCAUUAUAGCUGUAAGAGCACUGUGGGAGAUGUAGUCCACAACAUCUGGAGUGCCGAAGGUUGCCUACCCCUGGUCUAGAGGAUGAUCAGAAUAUAUUUUGUAACAACUAUGUCAUGUAUUACAUUUUCUAAAAAUAGAGACAUUAAAUUCAAUUAGUUGUUAUUCAAUUAAUUUUAGAUUUUCCAAAUAAAAAUGAAACCAGUUAGAAAGCCUGAAUUGCACUAUAUAUAUAUAAAUGUUUUAUAUUCAGCGGUAAUGUCAGUACAUUGUGCAGUAUCAUGCUUUCAAUUGUUUUAAAAAACAUUUAUUGAAUGCUAUCUAAAAGUAUUGAUUUUAUUUCUUACUGCUAAGCUUGUGUACAAUGUAUUCAUGACUAUAUUCUGAAAUGCUAAAAAUUCCAUUCCAUUGUUCCACUCCACUGAAUUAUUACACUUAAGUUUAAUGAACCAAUUUGCAAGUAGUUGUAUCAUUGAUGGUUUCUCUAUUUUAUUGAUAUUGUUUAUUUGUGUCCAAGUAAUUUGAAAGAUUAUAUAUAACUGUGUGUUUGCAUUAGAAAGCUUCCUCCUGUUUUUAGAAAAAGAUAUGCUUAUGUACAGAUUACUUAAACCUUUAGACAGAAGGACAGG